AAUAAAAAUAAUGCCUCAUUGUGUUGUCUCCCUUAGUUUUUUCACUUGUUCUUAUUAGAUACGUACAAUUAGUGUACGACAUUGUGCAAAACUUCAUAACAUGUUUCUCAAGAAUUAAAAUAUAGAAAAAAUUUGUCACCUGUGGCAAUACCACCAUAGGUUAAUUUCUAGAGGUUUUUGGAUAUUAAUUAUUUUAUUGUAUGUAAAUAUAAACUAUAUAUAGAUAAACAAUGGCUACUUAUUAUUUCGUAAUAGUUGGGCAUAAUGAUAAUCCAAUCUUUGAAAAGGAAUUUACAACGGCUGGCAAGGAAACCAGGAAAGAAGAUCAUCGUCACUUGAAUCAAUUCAUAGCCCAUGCUGCUUUGGAUUUAGUGGAUGAACACAAAUGGAAGACACCGAAUAUGCACUUAAAGUCAGUAGAUCGUUUUAAUCAAUGGUUUGUCUCAGCUUUCGUUACUGCUAGCCAGAUACGUUUCAUUAUAGUUCACGACAACAAGAACGAUGAAGGCAUUAAAAACUUUUUUAAUGAAAUAUAUGAAACUUAUAUAAAACAUGCUAUGAAUUCAUUUUACAAAAUUAAUACGCCGAUCAAAUCACCUACGUUUGAGAAGAAAGCUCACUUGUAUGGUCGCAAAUACUUACUCUCCUAAAGAACAAACGAGAUAAUAUAUAUAUUAAAUUAUAUAUUUAGUUAGAAAUAUUUGUAAUUUAGUAUCACGUAGCAUAUUGCUAUGGUUUUUUUUUUUUUGUUUUUUUAAUAAAGCAUUAGUUUCUAUUUAUUUGAAAAAUUAUGCAUAUAAACAU